UUCAUCAAUUCAAGGCCCAAUCAAGCAGCCACCAUGUUUCCCUAGUUGUCACGAUUCAUGUCAAUGUGCUCGAAUCACUGCUUCAAGCUUCUGUUCAUCGCUCAACUUCCAAACCCAGCAGAAAUCUGGAAAAAGCUCGACUGUAUGUUGAAUUAACAAGUCGCCUACCUGCUUAAUUCACCUCCCCGUCCUGUGAAGCGGAAGUCUUUGAAUGCUGGCAUGGCGUUUUGUAGAGCUGCGAAACGUUCCCUAGGAUUUGUGAUUUCUAACAGGCUGGUGAAUAACGCAAGUCGGCAUGAAUUUUCCAGUUGUGCUACGAAUAGGACCUUUGUGGUUGAAGGCGUUCAAUAUGGAAGUUCAGUUCCUUUCUCUCACAGUGUUUUUUCUGCUCUUAAUUUGAAACUUAGUCUCUUGAGAAGAUUCAGUGUUGAAACCCCCGCCGGUUCGGACCAGAUGAGUCUCAUAAGGCAGCUGAGAGAAAGAACUAGUGCACCCAUUAAAGAUGUCAAGGCUGCUCUUAUUGAUUGCAGUUGGGAUAUUGAAGCAGCACAGACGGAACUGAGAAAAAGAGGAAAGGUGCUGGCACUGAAAAAGUCUUCUCGAACUGCCGCUGAGGGCCUCCUUGCCUUAGCUCAAAAUGAAACCAAAGCUGUUGUUGUUGAACUUAACUGCGAGACUGACUUUGUUGCUAGGAAUGAGAUUUUUCAAUACUUGGCCCUAUCUUUAGCAAGGCAAGCAUUGUUGUCUGGAAGCUCAGAUAAUGUUUCUGGGACAUUUCCUGUUGGACUAGAGCAAUUGGAGGGAAUGAAAUUAAAUCUCGACCACCCGAAAAUUAGUGGAGAAACAACAGCUCUUAAUGCAAUUACUGAAGUGGCAGGAAUAAUGGGGGAAAAUAUUAAGCUAAGACGGGGAUUUUCUAUGUCUGCAUCUUCAACUGGUGUUAUUUCUACGUACCUCCACACAAGUCCUCGGCCAGGUUUGGGUCGUAUUGCUGGAAUUCUAUCUCUUGAAGUAGAGGGCGGUAAUUCAAAAUCAGAUGCUCUUCAACGUGUUGGAUCAGAAUUAGCAAUGCAUAUAGUGGCCGCAAAACCAUUGUUCUUGACAAAGGAACUUGUUGCUUCUGAUGCUUUAGAGAGUGAACGUGAAAUUAUCAAGUCUCAGGCGGAAACAUCCGGAAAACCUCAAAUGGCCAUAGAGAAAAUGGUUGAAGGUCGUUUACGAAAGUACAUGGAAGAAGUCGUCCUAAUGGAGCAAAAGUUUAUUGUCAACGACAGUAUAAAUAUAAAGACAUUGUUGGAUAACCUGUCCAAGGAAGUGGGUUCGCCAGUGAAGAUUGGGAACUUUCUAAGAGUGGAAGUCGGGGAAGGAAUUCAAAGGCUGGAAACAUCAGAUGCAUCUGAACCUGUGGCUCAGGCUGCAUAACUAUAGAAUUCUGCUACUAGCUCUCUACAAUUUCUCUCAGCAUCUUAAAGCUUAUUUCUUGCCAAAAUGUUCCAAGCUCCCUCAGAACACUGCAGAAAUUUUUAAAGCCCAAGCGAGCAGGGAUUUUAUCCCCCUGUUCUUAGCAUCUCAAAAAUUGUAUGCAUAAGAAAGAAAUUAUUUUGGUAACAUGUCUGCAUUUUUUUGUUGGUAUUGUUCAUAUCUGAUUAUAAGAUCAACUGAUCAAUAAAUUUUGAAGCCUAGUCAGUUAAAGAGUUGAUGUUACUUCACCAAAGACUGCUAUAGAUUUAUGAUCUGAUUUACUA